AAGACCAGGACUUUUCAAAAAAGCAAGUGAGCUUUGCACACUUUGUAAUGCUGAAACUGCCAUUAUUGUGUAUUCACCAAGUCAAAAAAUUUAUUCUUUUGGUCAUCCUAAUGUUGACACCAUUCUUGACCGUUUUUUAAACAAUAACCCUCCACCUUCUCACCAAUACGCCGGUAUGCAACUUAGUGAAGUCUAUCGAAAUUCAAUCAUUCGAGAUCUGAAUUAUAAUCUUACUCAGGUGAUGAACCAAUA